CCCACCGCGGUCACGUGACCUGGAUUCGCCUGGCAACGGAAGAAGCGUCGCGGUGGAAGUGAGCGAGCUUGUGGCAGAGUGCGCGCGCCGAGCAGUGAGCUCUCCCUUUAAAGGCCAGUGAUGUGGAGUUUGUGCUCUUUGACUUUAUAAACACAGCGGAGUGAGAUACUGGUGAGACACUGGUGAGACACUGAUGUGUGCAGGUGUGAUGUGUGAGGCGUGCUGAGCGUGCUCUCCAGCAGCAUGGGGAAACUGCAGAGUAAACUGCACCGCCGCUCUGACCUCUACAGAGCCAGAGAGGGGGUGGAGUCUGCUCCUGUACCCCAGGUGCUGCAGUAUGAGCCCGCCCACGCCGAUGCUGUCAACUGUGUGACCUCGUUGAACUCUGACCUGUGUGUGUCGGGUGGGAGUGACCAGGCGGUUGUCGUAUAUGACUGGAGAGCAGGAAAAGUGUGCAGAUGUUUUCAUGGUCACAGCAAGGAAAUCACCAAGCUGGGGUGCUUUCCAGGCAGUACGUGGAUCUUUAGUGCAUCUCGUGAUAAAUCAGUAUUGAUGUGGGAUUUUACUGGUGGUCCAAACCCCAUCCAGUCAUUCUGUGGACAUGAACUUGUCGUCAACGGAGUUGCUGUCAGCCCAGACGGGUCGAAGCUGUGCACCGGCUCUCGUGAUAACUCCAUGUGUCUGUGGGAUGUUGAGAGCGGGAGGUGUUUACACAGAAAUACCAUCUCACGCAACCUGGUAACUCAUCUGUGUUGGGUUCCUGGAGGAACAUCAAUAGUCCAAACCUCUGAAGAUAAAACCAUCAGAGUGUGGGACAGUCGGACAUGGCAGGUGACAAACACGUUUCCAGCAAAGCAAUACAUCCAGACUCACUGUGACGUGAGCGUGAACCGCUACCACCUCCUGUCCAGCAGCAAUGGCUUUGGGGGUCACGGCUGUGAGGCCACGGUGUGUGUCUGUGGGACCUCAGACAGCCGGGCUGUAAGGUGGUGGAGUACAGAGGACAUGUCCAGACAACGGCGUGCUGUGUGUUCCUCCCCCCAAGCAUCGGCUCACCUGCACUCAUCGCCUCAUCAUCAUACGACAGCUCGGUCAGGAUCUGGGACCAGAACACCGCCGCGUGUCUGUUCACUCUGUCUCUGGACGGCUCAGGGCCGUUGGCGUCGUUGGCACCAUGUGACUCCAGCACGCUCUUGUGUGCCAGCUACAACUCGGGUCUCCACCAGCUGCAGCUGUCCCAGGGGACGACGCCCAGCAUCAGGGAGGUGGCACGCUUCUGACCAACACUAACGCUAACGCUAACUUCCUGUCUGGAGGAGGAGAGAAGUUCUCACUCAGGGACGCACUGCCAUCCUGCACACAUCAUGAAUGCACUGAGACUUUUACACACAACGGUCAGCUUAUAAGCUCCACCCACUCUCCACAUUGUAGGUGUACAGUCACUGAUCAUCCGCUGAGCUGCACAAAGUAUUGGCACCCCUCUACCCUGUCCAUCAGUGGAAAUGAUAUGGGUGGGGGUUUAUUCUCUUUAUGACACUGACUUGGAAGUGUGUGUGUGGUGACCGACAGCUUAAACACACCAAAGAACAAGCACCAAGCCAUGAUGAUGCGCUCCUUAUCUGUCUUUUUUUUUUCAAAGAAAUUAUGCAAAGAAAUGGCCCAAGUGUGUUACACACACACACACACACACACACACACAGGCCAAGAGCUCUACAGUGGUUACUGUCUCUGAUAUGGAGAACUUGUUUUGGUUUUUCCUCUCUCCACCUCUGCUUUGCAUUUACUAACCACUAAUACACACAGGAACACUGUACACAAACAGGAAGCACACACACACACACACACACACACACACACACACACACACACACACACACACACACACAGAGUGACUGGAUGAGGUGGAAAGGUGCAUGGAAAUCCUUUUUUAUCAGUCUCCAUUUACAAAUAAGAUCAUACUGUACAGUUUCUUCAUUACGGAACAAACAAUGCAAAUAUUCCCUCAUGUACACAGUGUUUAGUGUGUGAACGUCACCCUGGUGUGUUUUCCUCCUUGGUGCAGUUCUUUAGGCUGAGGGGAACACACUCGGGGACACACACACACACACAGGGGUCUGAGAGGAUCUGAGCGACGUGGUCUCAUUCUGUUCCCAAAAGAGAAAACGAUUUGACUCUGAAUCGGCUCUCUGCAGGAAGGUGUUUUUGUAGAUUUUUUUAUUAUUAUUAUUUUUUUUACAAGCUGCUAAACUGAGCCAAAGCGCAGAGCCGUAGUGCUGGAGAUUUGGAUCGACGACACAAAAUGCUUUAAACUCGUUCUCUAGCUACGGUACACUCUUCGGAAACACAGGAACCCUGUCAGAUCUGCUGAUGAAGAGAAUGGCCAGAGGAGGCCAAUCUGACAGGAAAUGAGCAUCGUUUACAACCGUGGUGAACAGGAAAGCAUCUCCUGUCGGCCAAGAACAGGAAUCUGACACUCCAGUGUGCAGGGGGUCACUGGAACUAGACAGAUGAAGGUCCAAUAAGGACUCGAGGUCAAACUGUACCACUACCUUUUAAUGAUGUUCCUCUAACUAAAGGGCAGAAUGUCCCACUCCAGUGAUAAGGAGAUUGCACUUUCAGGAUUAUUCGAGGCUCCACUGUCUUUUUAUAAAAUACUUUAAUAAAUUAGCUUUACAAUGUUCGCUAAAUAUGUAUAUAAAUGUUUGGGUGACUUCCGUUAGCUGCUUUAGCCUGGUAGCGGUGCGUUACAUCUGAGGAAACGUGAAUGUUGUGACUUUAAAAAGAUCUUCAACUCACUGAAUGUAGCGUUUUUGUUUUUUUUAAUCAUCGUAGUUUAUGCAAGUAUAAAUAUUAAUUCUGGGAUGAU